AUGAUUGUACCAUUAGGUGAUCUCUCGGCUCAAGCAAUCGAGACAUACAAGGCCAAGCAGACCGGGGCAAAAGGAAACGACGAGGAAGAGGACUUAGGAAUCGACUGGAAGCGCGUGCUGCGCUUCCUCAUUUUCGGAGCGACACUGCAGCCCAUUUGGAACCAUUACUACUUCCAGUGGUUCGACCAUCUGAUUCCCCCGCCCUCCGACCCCAUCAGCCUGACGAACGUGCUCAAGGUUGCCCUCGAUCAAGGUAUCCAAGCCCCGAUCUUCACAGUGGUCAUUUUCGCCUAUUUGGACUUGUUAGAAGGGAAAAACCUGGAGGAAACUAAGGCACAAAUCAAGCGGGAUUUCUGGCCGUGCAUUACAACCAACUGGUGGGUAUGGAUUCCCAUUACUUGCGCGAAUUAUGCCUUUGUCCCCCCCGACCUCAGGGUCUUGUUCGUGAACGUCGCCUUCCUGGGGUGGUGUGUCUUUUUGUCCCUGCUGGUCAAUAAAAAGGAUGGAGAGCCUACGUCACAAACAAGGCCAUCGGAAUCGUAA